AUCGAUAAGUCAGAGGCAUCGAUUUGCUCACAUUUCUUGGGUGUUUUAGCGUGAAAAAAACGCCUAAAUAAACGAAUCGGCAGCGUGUCAGGCAAGAAAGUGCAACUAACGGAUAGCCGUUCACGCCGCAGUCGAGGUUUAGAGCCAUUGACGCCAUCGAAGGCGUUGAAAAAACGUCGCAGCAGAGUGUUUACUAGGCAAGGGGUGCAGCGAAGGAGGGUGUUGGGUGCGUACGUGUGUAUGUGUGCGCCAGUGAGUGGCAGAGGAAACGGCAGAGGAGCAGCAACGGAUGUAGCUCAUUGCCCGGACCCCUCAGUGGAUACCACAAACAACGAGCGUAAGCGUACGCAGGCCAACUUAGAAGCACAAAGAAAAUAAACACUGGAAACCGAAGACGAGGCCUUCUGGAACUGGAACAGAUCUGCUCAACAGCCGCAACCGCGUCGGUGACCGCACCCUAAUGUCAAAUAGUCAAGCGAAUGCCGGCAACAGCGGUAACGCGGUAGCGGAUGAACCAACCCAGCACCACCCCCCCUUGGCGGCCGCCCCUGCAAAUGCAUCCUGCCCACCAGCGACGCCGGCGUCGCAGUCGACGCAUCAGCCCCCGCAUAUAGUUGGUGCCUCAACAGCUGAUGCGGGCAGCGGCGUUGUUGUCGGCGUCGGCGUCUCCGUUGGCGUCGUCGCUGGCAGCGAUGGUGUCAAUUUGGAUUCGUCGCCACGCGAGUCUGGGGACGAUUCGGAGGACGAAAGCGAAAUCCUGGAGGAAUCGCCCUGUGGGCGCUGGCUAAAGCGGCGUGAGGAGGUUGAUCAACGAGACGUGCCCGGGAUCGAUUGCGUCCAUCUGGCCAUGGACACCGAGGAGGGUGUGGAGGUCGUGUGGAAUGAGGUGCAAUAUGCCAGCCUGCAGGAGCUGAAGUCGCAGGAGGAGAAGAUGCGGCAGGUGUUCGACAAUCUGCUGCAGCUCGAUCACCAGAAUAUCGUUAAGUUCCACCGCUAUUGGACGGACACGCAGCACGCGGAGCGGCCUCGGGUGGUCUUCAUCACGGAGUACAUGUCGAGCGGGUCCCUGAAACAGUUCCUCAAGCGCACUAAGCGCAACGCCAAGCGAUUGCCGCUGGAGUCGUGGCGUCGGUGGUGCACCCAGAUCUUGUCCGCGCUCAGCUAUUUGCAUUCCUGCUCGCCGCCCAUCAUCCACGGCAACUUAACCUGUGAUAGCAUCUUCAUCCAGCACAAUGGCCUGGUCAAGAUCGGCUCAGUGGUCCCGGACGCGGUCCACUACAGUGUCCGCCGGGGACGGGAACGGGAGAGGGAACGAGAGCGAGGCGCCCACUACUUCCAGGCACCGGAGUACGGAGCCGCCGACCAGUUGACAGCUGCCCUCGACAUCUAUGCCUUCGGGAUGUGCGCCCUGGAGAUGGCCGCUCUGGAAAUCCAGCCCAACAAUAGCGAGUCGACUGCCAUUAAUGAGGAGACCAUUCAGCGCACAAUCUUCAGCCUGGAAAACGAUCUGCAGCGCGACCUGAUACGAAAGUGUCUCAAUCCGCAGCCGCAGGACCGGCCCAGCGCCAACGAUCUGCUUUUUCACCCACUGCUUUUCGAGGUGCAUUCCCUCAAGCUGUUGACUGCCCAUUGCCUGGUCUUCUCGCCUGCCAACCGCACCAUGUUCUCGGAAACCGCCUUCGACGGCCUGAUGCAGCGCUACUACCAACCGGAUGUGGUUAUGGCCCAGUUGCGGCUGGCCGGCGGGCAGGAGCGGCAGUAUCGACUCGCUGACGUUUCGGGCGCCGACAAGCUGGAAAAGUUCGUUGAGGACGUCAAGUACGGUGUGUAUCCGCUUAUUACGUACAGCGGCAAGAAGCCGCCCAAUUUCCGCUCGCGGGCCGCCUCCCCGGAGCGGGCUGACUCCGUGAAAUCGGCCACGCCGGAGCCGGUGGAUACGGAGUCACGGCGCAUCGUUAACAUGAUGUGCAGUGUUAAAAUCAAGGAGGAUAGCAAUGACAUAACCAUGACAAUACUGCUGCGCAUGGACGACAAAAUGAAUCGCCAACUGACAUGCCAAGUUAACGAGAACGAUACGGCGGCGGAUCUCACCAGCGAACUGGUGCGCCUAGGCUUCGUCCACCUCGACGAUCAGGACAAGAUUCAGGUGCUGCUGGAGGAGACGCUCAAGGCGGGCGUUAUGAGCGACGGUGCCGGGGCAGAGAGUUCCGGUGCGGGGGUGACCACCACGGCGACCAUGGCAGCCUUGGAGCAGCUGGAGCGCAACUGGUCGAUAUCCUCGGAUGCAGACCAGCAGGGCACUGCCGUGAUGUAUGUGCCGCAGGAACAGCAGCAGCACACGGAUGUGGAAGUCGAGGUGGAACAGUCGGGCACGACGAGCAAUUGAAAGUAUCAGCUUAGUAUUCAGGGCAGGCCGGCGCGUAUUGUUUUUAUUAUAUUGGGAAAUUACACAUUACGAUUUUAUUACUACUAUUAUUUGUUAUUUUUAUAUAUAUACCUAUAUAUAUGUAUAUGUAUGUAUGUAUUUGAAAUAAUAUUUAUGUAUGUAUGUACCAUAAAAGAUGUUGAACCAGGCUUCCAGGCUAAAGAAUUCGAUGACAUAGGACACACACACCACACCAGGGUGGGUCGACUCGCAUGAAUACGAUAAAAACAAAAAGUUGCAGGAUCAAACGAGUCAUUUAACGAAAAUCUGGGUCUUAGAAAUUAUAUAAAAAAUGUGUGUUUUGACGUAGAAGUCCAGAAAACGUAAACGGGAUAUUUAGAAACAUUUUGCUGUUAACCACGACUUUCCUCCCCUACUAAAAAUAAUAUAUUAGUCCUAUAGUUUCAUUAGCGAAAAUGCUCAGAAUUGGUUUGUUUUUUAAACUCAUGCCCAAAAUAAUAUAUCGAUCCACCUCAGAACACACACUUUUGAAAGCAAGCAGCUAAUGAGCUUACAAAUAUCAAAGCAUUGGCUUAGCAAAACUCUGGAACGAGCGCGAAUGGAAUUCGCAGCUCUGAAUGCUAGACAGGAUUCGAAAACAGAAAUUCAGACACCCUCAGAUUUCGAAAAAAAAACAUCUGGACGCCAAUAUGAAUAUGAUUUAUUCUAGGACUAUAUUAAAUUUGAUAAAUUAGCCAUGCCGCGACGAGAACAAAACCUAAAACCGCAGUGGAAUGUAUUUAAAUGUAUUACAAAUAUAAAAAAAUACGCAAGGCCACGAAAAAUAAUAAAUAAAUUAUUUAACUAAAAAACUAUAUAAACACAAGCAGAGCAUGCAACAAAAAUAAUACACAACAGACAUAGCUACACUAUUAUUAAAUAAAUAAAGAUGGCAACCAGCUGACUAAUUAUA